CAGUAUGAAUUAGUGAAAGUUUUCAGAAGAACUAUGAAUAGCUUCCAAGUCAUUCUGUAGUAAUUGGUACCAAGAUCAGUAUAGUGGCCAAGACAUCUCAUAUUCAAAAUGAAGAACAUUUGUUAUUUAUCUGUAAUUCUUCUUGCUGCUUCAAUAAAAUUAUCUGAGGCUCAGUAUGAUGACAAGCGGUGUAUCUGCGUCUGCCCUGAACCCUCUGUUGUGAAUGGCACUAAAAGCAACCGCAUGAUAUACAAGAUGCCAGUGGCACCCAGCAAAUGUGACUGUGACAAUGUGGUGCUACCAAACUUGCAUGAGGACAUCAAGGGCCGCGAGAAGGAGUUCUGUCCUCGGUGUGAGUGCAAGUAUGAAAGCCGCAACACCACAACCAUCAAGGUGGUUGUGAUAUUGGUGACGUGGGUCAUCUCUCUGCUGGUGGUCUACAUGGGCUUUUUGUUGUGUCUUGACCCGCUGCUGAACAAGAGGCGAGGUCUCCAUGCUGCUCACGCAAAAUAUCAGCACCAAACUAAUGAGGAGGAACUACCGACUGAAGCAGAAGCCAGCACGGCAGGACCUCCUCACCCACUACGAGUGCGCCCUCACAACGUGUUGGGGCGCGUUGGCCACCAGCAGGACAAGUGGAAGCGUCAGGUGCAGGAGCAGCGACGCAAUAUCUACGACCGACACAACAUGCUCAACUGAACUCUGCACUCCUGACUCAUGCUUUCCUUGCUUCGACGCUAAAAGUUAGCGCAGCUCAAGGUAGUGCUCGCUCUAUGUGCCAGCAUGUUGCAGUUCCGCAGUUCUUUUGCGAGCUUGUGAAAGUAUUUAGCAAUUAAUCAUCUAUUACUCACUUAAUUAGUAUGAAAUGAAACCAAUUUUAGUUUAGAUAUCCGUACAAUUAGGAAACUUUCUUAAACAGAUGAAGAAAGUAUAAAUUUACAACUAUUCAACCAGUAUAUUUAUUGAAAUUUUAACAUACUCUCUCGCCAGUCAUCUGUCGUUAAAAUAGUUUAUUCAAGAUCGUUUCAAGCGAACCCAACUAAUCAACGUUGUUCACGCGCCAUUUUGCCUGGAGGGCUAAGAGUUUCAAUGGUGCAGCCUUCUAAUGCCGCAUAAUAACGUAAACAAGACUUGUUUAUGAAGGUGCGAUGAAAUUACACGAUGAAUAAAGCGAGCUCCCCUCGUGAGACUAAUUUACUGGAAGAUAUUUCGUUGUUGUUCAAGGUUCCUCUGUAAUGGAAGCCUCGGAGAACGUUAAGGAAAGUCAGUAUCAAAUAAAAGUAAUCACGAUUUAAAUUCCUGAUGAGAUUUCCAUUACAUAUGCCUUGUUUCCAAAUUAUUUUUUCACUCAAGUUCCCUUCUUUUAACAAACGAUGAAAGAUUAUUGUAGUACUUACUAGGUACCUUUUGUCAUAAUUAUAAUACUAACCCUCUGUUGGUGUAGGUGUAGGGCUUAUUCCCUCGAUGUCAGGGACCAGGAGACUACUUAACUCAGUUCAAUUGAUAUAACGAUUUCUUACAAGCUCAUCGUGCAUUUGGGUUUCACGCAUUCCACAAUCGUGUAAAACACUUUAUAAUGUUUUUGCGUCGAUGGUAGAUUCUGCUGUGCGCAAAUGAGUAAUCAGUUCAUUAAUGCCACAUUCAGCUAAUUAUACUUUUGGGCUGAAUGAAUAGGCAUCGAAUUAGAUCGAUUAGAUUAACGCUUUCAUUCAUGGUAUUUAGUAAUGGGUAUACUGAAGGCUAGAUGAAUUAGCUUUUUCUUCUACUUUAUAACUUUUAUUGCCACAUAUAAAUCUUACAUUGUUUGAAAAUAUUGAUUGAGCUCCUGCGUUUGAAAUAUGACAUCUACAUUUUUUGGGCGCGGAUGUGAUAUUGAUUUAUAUCGUUUAGCACCAAUUAUUUCUGGACAUUCUGGCAUCAAAUAACUUGUGGCUUUCGAAGAAUAUUAUACUCCACAUUCUCUGAUUUCAAGGACGACUUUCAUGUAGUGAUACAUCUAUUUCGACGAAUUUUCUGGCUGAAAAAUUUGUUUCAGAAGUAUUUAAAGUAGAAAUACUGAUUUCAAAGAUGUCAGUAGCUCUAUUUUCAGCCUAAUCUUCAUCUGCAAUAAGACGCCAAAAACUGUCUGCCCCAUUCACUCAUCUCUCGACAUGUUAAAUGGUUCAACUAUAUAUUUAUGUUCAAUAUCUAUCUUAUUGUUAUAUUACCGUUGUAUUAACUCUUUCCUUUAUUUAUUAAGACUAAGAAGACUUUCAUAUUAGUUCAUAUAUUUAACGUUCUGCAUAUUGAUAGAACGUUCUCGUUUGUUUUGCUGUGUUAUUGAGUACUUUAUUUGUGUUGAAACUAGGGUACCGGCAACUGGAAGUUCAUAUUCAUGAAGAAUUCUUAGAAGUGAUGGAUAAAUUCGGUUUCCUGCCAUUUGAAUCUAUUGAAUAUUUAUUAUUAUUAGUUAGCGAACGAUAGAUUUUGAAACGUGAUAUGGGAUGGGUUGAUUUUGUUGUGCGCGAGGCACGUUUAAAUUUAUGAGCAUCCCGUAUUCCAAACUCGUUGAAAUAACACGACGUAGCUGGCAUGUUUUGUUCUAAAUUGCAAAGAAUUUAUGUUAGCGGAUUUAGUAAUGUUAAGUUGGAAAACGGUAAAAAAAGUUGAACAACAAACUAAUGAAGAAUUUAGGCAACCUUGCUGUUUGAAUAACUAAUAUUUUUACUUUCCGUGAAUGAAAAAUGUUACGCCUGUUCAGUCAUCGAAUGAAAAAGUUUGGCAAUGUCGGCAUAUCUAUAGUAGUUCGAUUGCUCCCUUGUACAAUAAAUAGGUACGACCAGUCAGCGUGAGAAACUAGGAGCGCUAUUCUAAAUUAAAGGUCAUUAUUUCAAAGUUGAAUAGUUGAGAAAUUAAGUCGUGAAAAUGCUCAUGUGAAUCUGAAUCGUCAUCAAUGGGUGCCGAUUCUUGUGAACUCGGUGUUGUUGAUGUUUGGAUCAGGCUCAAUGUUUCAUUUAUAACUUUCCGAGUUUCGCAUUUUCAGGGUUAUUUUAUUUUUGCACGUUUUCUAUUUGUGUUAUUUUUAUUCCUUUUCCCUCUCCCCGGAUUGAAGUUGAUGUAUGAAUACCUGUAACCAUUAUUUAAGUUAACCUUCAACAAUAUUGACGGGCUCUAUCCAUUUAUGCGAAAUUACCUCUGCGUGCGAAUUAUUAUUUGCAUUGAUUUUCAACACUAAUAUAAUACUUCAUCACAA